ACCAAUCCAAUGUACCUAUACGAUUAUCGGAAUGAUCAACAUUCUCAGUAUAAAAUUCCACGGAAAACCUCGGGCACAUUGCUUAUUCACAGCUCUCGUCAAUUAAUCAUGUUUUCGUAAAUCCAAUUCACCUUUUGUGUGCAAACUUCGACCUUUCUCUCCACUCCACUAAGCUUUCCCUUCUACGAAAUGCCACCAACAGUGUGUAGUAAAAGCUCCCACUGUUCUCCUCACUUCUCGCCAUCGUUUUCCUCCCAACGAACGAGGGAAACUUUCAUUCAGCACCGAGUUCGCUUCUGUGCCAUAUGAUUUCCACGAAGCUGCCGAUCCGAGCCCGAACUCAUCCGAUUGCUCGUCCUUGCAAACCGAGAGCCCGGUCCAAAAAUCGAAACACAGAGACACAGGAUUCGUGCUCGUGCUAGAAGGACUUCCUGCGGUAACCUUAGUUCGUGGUUCAGUUAAAAUCAGAACGUCAAACGGGAAACAACGCGCACAACCUAACAUUACCACAACACACUAUCUCACACAGAUACAGACCACACAUCCACCACCGGCGCCACACCUCUAGUCCUGCCUGCCUAUCUUCAUCCUAGGUCACACACCACCAUCAAUAUCCCCACGCAUCAUCGCACACACCACCCUCACUUUUUACCUCACAAAGUCGCAGCAGAAAGCGUGGUUCUUCAACCUUCCUCCUUUGUAAAAAGUGACAACACAAGAAAAGCCCCCUCCAGAAAAAGAAAAUUUCCAGCUACGCCAAUGGUGACUUGAAAUAGGAACAACAAACAAGGACAGCUCCAGCGCCUAAUCGGACGAAGAAUCUGGAUGUGCGAGGUGGCCCUGAGGAAGGAUUUAGCACGCCAAUAAAGUGAUGUAUACAUGCACGGAAUAGAAAAACAACACGGUUUUGCCUUCGGGAGUGCUGCAAGCCGGUGCCAACGAAAGUGAACGAAGUGAAAAUCGAUAAUUUGGAUAGAGAUCCGCUCAAUCUAAUCCGUACAGAGCGCUCCAGGGGUGACCAUAAUCUUUUCAUCGUAAUGCGAACUUGGCGAAAGAGGAUUAGCUUGGAAGGCAGUGUCAGUGACGGUACCACCACAUGAAAGUGUCAAAAGCGCUGUUCCGAAAAAGAAACUAGGCCAAGCAAGGAGUGAUACGUUUGUGCAGCGUGACAUCGCAACGUAGGAUUGGUUCAUGGAAUAGGCAUACGAUGUGCUUUGACACUGAUUUGCUGAAUGAAUGUACUGGAGCCAGCUCAUAAAAGCCGGAAACGAUCACGCGGGAAAGUGAAGUCAUCCUGGGUCAGCAUUUGAUGGCAGGCAAUAUCGGCUUGUGACCACACUGGGGAAAAGCGAAUCACUCAGACCCACGGAGAAACGAUUUUUUUUUCUUUUUGUCAUCACAGUGUCGACGUUUUGGGCUGCGUCAGCAUAAAUCCUGUACGGUUUUGGAAGGAUUCCCCCCGACGGUAGUGAAUGGAAACCAGUAAAAGGCUUUAAUGGUUGGCUGACUGCGUAAGUCAACAAGAUUCAACGGUUCAACGGAGAGGGAGUGAAAUUGUCGUUUUAAUAAGGAAAUGGAGAAGAAAAUUUGUGUACAUAUUCAAUCCAACGAUAAAGUGUUUAAAUUCUAAAUCUAAAUUGUUCGUUCCAUUGCUUUCACUGAGCAGAAAGAGGAAGAGUAGUGCAAUUUGGAAUGUGUGUGGAAAAUAUGUAGAACAUAUGUGAUUGCAUAAUAUGUCGUUAAAGUUCUAGUGCACGAUAUACAGUAAUUGCUUAGUAGUUGUGUUUACGUUGUCAGCGAUUUAUCUAAUCCUCGAAUCGUUAUUUGAGCCCUUUAGCUAAUUGUGUACGGCAACACAAGUAGGGUACUAAAAUCAAGCGGGGUCGUUUGUAAUUAACCUGGUAAUAAAUCAUAAACGUGCGUGUUAAUAGCAUUAAAGGUGUUAAAACGUAACGAGUCAGUGCGUGUAUGUAAAUUCACAGAUUCGAGAGAGAGCUUCCACGCAAAGUGGUGGUUUGUUUGGCGUUUCGAGGAUUUGAUGAGGACCGUGAAGAUAUCAACCGAGUUAUAGCGGAAUUCACGCUAGUUUGGAUGACGGUUAUUUUUCGCGGCAGUAACAAGCUCAACGCGCAAAUGCCAUACCCUAUAUUUAAAUGUGAUAAAAGCAAUGAAUAUCUUGGUGAAAUUCUUCAACAAACAUAGAUAUAAAUGCAUAGUAAUGGUAUUCACUGUAACGAAGAUCCCAAACCAAGACAUUAGCCGUGUGACGCAUUGAAACGAUGCAAUAACCAACAAUCAUCCUUUGGCGUAGAAAUUGGCCUAUUUGACAUUUCCAGUGCAGAUAAAAAUAAUUGCAUGUUCAUGCAUAUAAUGGAAGAACACGUUCAACGAAAUGACAACAAGAAACAUCGAAAAUUAGUACGAAGCUAUGAACAGAUAUCGCCUGCUUGUGAUAUUCUUCCAUCACCAACCGGUGGUACCAGCGAUACGAAGCAAACUUCCCCUUCGAUGACUAUGGUGCUCCAGCCAGCCCCCAACCAUGGGCUAGCUGUUAAGGCAACCACCGGAAGUGUUAACAUGCCAACUGUAGCUAUGAUUCAGUCACCUAAAACUCCUUCUCCAAGCCUUGCUUCACCACAAACGCUCAGUAGAAGUUUUGAACAAGCAGUAGCUCAGUCACCUCCAAAGUAUCAAAUGUACCAUCAAUUCAGUAGAAAGUCUAACACUACUCAGCAAUUUGUCCAACGGCAGCAGCAGCUCCAGCAGAGUCUAUCUCAAACACAACUUCCUUCACCAACGCAUCAGCCUUCGCCUUUAAUUCGAAAACCUAGUAUAACACAACAAACAGGAGCGGAGUGGACUGACAACUCCAAAUCUCUUAGUUCUAAUUCGUCUAAUUACUACCAUCAUUCCUUGAAACAAUCGCAACCAAUGGACCAAAGAAGCAAUAACCCUUUUAUACUUAAUUUUAACAACAUAUCAGGAUGCUGCAUAAAGAACUCUCCACCAUCCAAUCUAGCCUCACCUACCGCGAAUACUCCCGUCAAUACCGGUUCUUCCCAAACAACGUCAACACCAUCGCCGUCGGUUCCGGCACGCCGCAGCCGGUCACUCCUCCUGAAAUCUUCCACACCUCUUCAACAACCACAUCCUCCAGUAACCCAAUUGUCCACCCCGCAAAACUCAUCACCAUGUCCUCCCGUCCCACCACGCCUUAGCAAAUCACCAACUCCUACCAAGGAAACGGCUCCUCCAUCGACGGUCAUUUGCUCCACGAUCGCAACUUCCACGAUCGUAGUUACUUCCGCAACGACUGCAUCGCACGUGACCAACACCAGUUGUAUCGCCACGUUGACGCCGACUUCCGGUCAGAUAAAACGAAGGGAGGUAUCCCCGCCGGCACUGCUGGCAACCACCAGUGCUGCCAACACGCCGAGUGCAAUCGAUAAAGGAUUCGCGGCUGGACCUGCUGUUGCCACGAAAGACGUUCGAAUGAAGCGGGAUGACUUCCUGAAAGCUACCAUGAAAAUUUGCCUUGUCGUUUCUCCUCCGUCCUGUAAGCUGCAGCUAAAAUCAAGGAGCCUGUCGCACUUGGAUAAACUUGAGCCUCACAUAACAACACCUGGCAACAUUUCAGCGGACUAUAAUCAGUUUGGCAAGUUCAAGAGUGACAACUCGGAUACAUCCAAUGCAUCAAUAGCAUCCGCGUCGGGAUCGAUCGGUUAUGGCAGUCGAUUGGCGGGAAAUAGCAUUUGCUACCAGAGCAGCACCGAAGGUCCAAGUCCAGGUGAUACGGCGUUAUCCCCUCAGGGAAAGGAACCAUCGCUGCUGGUGGCGACGACUUCCGGAAGUGCACUCAUCGGUUUGAGUGACAGUGACGGGGGCUGCAUAAAUCCUGCUUACGACAACGGCGACGGAAAUUGCCCCACCGGGACUAAUGACGGCACCGUUGAUGCCAGAGAAUCACCCGGUGCUGCGGCAUGUGGCGAGAGUACGACUAGCAGCACCAGCAACGAGAAUUCCAAUCAAACCUGCUGUCUGUCUUCCCCGUCUUUUCCCAAGAGCAAAUCCCUAUCUACGACCGCGUCGCUCAAAAAGAAGUCCUCGUCGUUUUUGCAUCGCGAACGUAAAAAGCCGGUGCUAACAAGAAGUCAAGUUUCCAGUUCGGAGUAUUUCUCGGUAUACUUCGAAGCCGGCGAUAACAAUGGUUUUCGAGAUGAAAUCCUGAUCCCUGCAACGAAGGGAAUUUGUCUGGCUGAUUCCCUGCAUUCCUCUCUAUCUCAACGAAGUCUCAGUUUCUCACAGAUCUGUGUGACGGAUAAUGGCUUCAGCAAUUCCCAGGAACUAGGCGUACCAUAUAUGGGACCACUCGACGCAUACACCGAUAUAUCGAGCUUAGCCGGCCGGACGUUGAUUAUCUCCGACAAAGACAGCAUAGGAAGGCGAUCGGGUGGUCAUAUCACAUUACAGAAGGCGGCUUCCGUAGGCUAUCGGUCAACAUCGAAUCGACUCUUCACGUCUACUUCCACCGAUGAAACGUACGACCAAAGCCCGAAAGCCUCCUCUGGCUCAUUCAACAAGCAAUCCAAACAAAAAUGGACAAUAUCGUUCGGAUCGAAGGGACCACAAAAAUCAAAAUUAUGCGAAUUGCUGGACAGCUACAAUAAGGGCAUACCGAAAUUAACGUCUUCCGCCAGCAAUUUCGAUAAACCAGAGUAUUUAGAAGCAUUAGAAGGCCUUAAAAAUUUACCUCAAUCGUGGACGGAUAUUGUCAACUACAAUGGAAUGAGCGAAACGGAGACGAAAAUUCAAUCUGCUAUCUGGGAAUUGGUAACUACGGAAGUGUACUACAUCCUCGCCCUGCAAACAGUAACAGAUCUAUUUUUAGCCUGCCUUGAGGAUAUCCAAUCGCACAGCAUCCUGACCGAUGUUGAUCAGCACAAGCUGUUUUCCAACAUACGCGAUAUUUGUGAGUCGAACUUGAAAUUCUGGACCUCGUACCUGCAUCCGAUGGUUAAAGACAGCAUGGAAACCAAAGAACCAAUGAACGUGUACAAAUUUAAGGACGGCUUUAUGGAGUUCUCUUCCAUCUUCAUGCCCUACACCAAGUAUUGUGCCGAGCAAAGCACUUGCCAGUACUACUGCAAAGAGCUAUACCAAAACAAUUCGCUGUUUAUGUCCUACUGUGCUUGGUGUGAGUCGCAAAAAAUGUGCAACCGGCUUCGAUUGGCAGACAUUCUGGUCAGGCCCAUGCAAAGGUUAACAAAGUACGGUUUGCUACUGGCAGCCAUCAAAAAGCACAUAGCCGACGAGAACGAAGGUGAAGCGAUUGACGAGAUGAUCCACUCAGUAGAAGAAUUUGUAGCCGGUGUCAAUGCGCAUCUGACCACUCGCCAGGAAAACGAACGCCUGAAAGGAAUCAACGCUCGGAUAGACUCAUAUGAAGUGGUGGAGUCCAACAAUGAAAUUUUAGACAAAAUGGUCCGACAGCAUAGCACAAUGUUCGACCUUUGUUUGCCGAUGCAAGGAACCAUUGAAGGGAGAAAGCUAUUUCUGGAAGGAGAUCUCAAAUUCAAGGACAGUUUGGGCAAGAUUGAUGUGCAUUGUUUCCUACUCACCGACUUUCUGCUGGUAUGCAAAAAGAACAAACAUGAAAAUUUAAAGGUCGUCCGACAACCGUACAUGACAGAUCGACUGGUGGUACAAAUCAAAGAACAGACCUUAUAUUGUUGUUACCUGAAUGACCUUUCGAUGGUGGUGGCCGCAUUCACCCUCCAGGGUUCCAAAGCGCAGAAUUGGUACGAUUCGAUCACGAAAGCGAAACAUAUCUACACUCGACUGAAGCAAGGCAUUGCGUCAGAUGUACGCCAGUAUGGCAACAUCAUCAAUAUCACUAAUGCCAACAGUAACACGAAUAUUAACAAUGACAGUCUGAGCAUACGGAAAUCGCCUCUUAACAGUUCCAUAGGAAGUAGGGUCAGCAGUUUAAAUAAUAGUCACAGCGGCUCCGUCGAUCUAAACGAGUCCAAGCCCGUAUCGAUCGAUUUUGAAAAGGCCAACUCACUCUCUAGCGACGAAGGUGGAACUUCUGCUUUAUCACUUCAGAGCAAGAUAGGUUCGAUCGGACCAAGGAAAGUCAAAUCCACCGUAACUACGGUGCAAUCUUCCUCGAACUCCUUAACCGUUCAACCAUUCAGUGGAUUGGGCCAGAGUAUGCCAAAUUUGAAUUUGAAUUCCACACAAAAUAGUUUAAUUUACAGUAACACCUUGUCGGUGCCGGGUACAUCUGCAAGCCAUUCGCAUUCUGGAAUGGUGCUCUUGUCUCCAAGUCAACGAGGAAUAUCUUACCCACCGCCCUCACCAACAAGAGCCACUCUCCGACGAGGAUUUGCAUUCUCUUCGUCAAUCAAGAACCCACCGUUGAUCAAAACUCGCAAUGUUGCAUCACAGCAAAGCUUCAUCCUGUCCCAACAACCCAGCUUCAAUUCGGCUACUCUAGGUCAACACCAGCAGUGUCUUCAAGCCUCAUCCUCGCCUGGUAGCUCACCGAAUGUAGCCUUCGUCAAACGGAAAAACAGCUUCCACAGUACUACAGGUCAAGGGGUUCACACCGAUCCGAACACACCCAGUGGAGAAGCUACCUAGUAUAAGCUACUACCCUCCAGUCGUAGAUAGGACACAUUCUACCUGGUAUCCUACCGUAGAAAAUAGCAUUUACUUUUUCCUCUUCAGCCAAGCUGAGGAUGGCCAUUUGGUACUUUAGAAACAAUCGUAUUGGGAUUUUUGUUGAAACGAUCAGCGUAUUUGUUGUACAUACGAAUUUUAUCAACCAACAUGAUUUGGUGCAAACUAAAAAAAAAACAUAUUUUAACCGUACUGAUAAAUUAUACCGAAAGUGUGUUAACUCCAACGAAAAUAUUUUGAAUAAUCCAACCAAAAUGUUUUAAACACUAACAAACAAAAUGAUGCUGUGACAAACUCUAGAUCGCAAGAAGGAAAAAAAAA